GAAACCCUGGGCAAAACCAAAGAUGGCGGCAACGAAACACUCCGGCGGCCCUUUCAUCCUCUCGCGCGCAACCACACCCUCAGAUUUCGAUCGCAUUGUCGCCUGCGAAUUCAAAACCUUUACCGAUCCUUUCAUUCGCGAUCUCUUCAUGGGUCCCGACACUCCUGCGGGUCAAGCGAAUCUCUCUUCUCAUUAUCAACAGAUUCUCAACGCCAAUCCCAGUGAUGUAUGGAUCAAAGUGGAAGAUAAGGCUACGGGCGAGAUUGUGGGUGCCAGUAACUGGAGAGUGCAUGUGAAUCAUGUACCAGAACACCAAGAAGAGGACAUGGGAUGGGGAUGGUUGGAAGGAAAUCGCGAGAAGCUGAAAAAAGUCAAAGAGGUUAUGACUGAUAUUAUGGAGAAGAGGAAAGAACUGUUUACGGAGCCUUAUUGUCAACUGCACAUCUGCUUCACAGACCCGGAUUAUCAACGCAGGGGUAUUGGAUCCAUGAUGCUGCAGUGGGGUUGCAGCCUCGCUGAUCAUUUGUUCCUGCCAUCUUGGGUCGAGGCGUCACCAACAGGCAACCUCUUGUAUCGAAAGUAUGGAUAUAGAGAUAUUGAUGUGAANAAGGGCGGAGACAUGGCAGGGAGCUUGAUGAANAGGGAAGCUAAAGUGUUGUCAAUCGAAAGUGGAGAAAAAGCAGCAAUAAGUUCGACU